AUUUUGAAACACACACCUGUAAGCUUUGGAAAGAGAGAGGUACUUCAAGAGAAAAAGAAGAAUCGAACAGAACAGCAUCAUGGUAUCUGCUGGGCUUCAGAUGCUAGGCGUCGCCUUGGCCAUUAUAGGAUGGAUUGGAGUCAUCGUAACCUGCGCUGUUCCGAUGUGGAGGGUUACGGCCUUCAUCGGUAACAACAUUGUUACAGCACAGACCUCGUGGGAAGGAAUCUGGAUGAGCUGUGUUGUGCAGAGUACCGGACAGAUGCAGUGCAAAGUCUACGACUCCAUGCUGGCCCUCACUUCAGACCUUCAGGCCGCCCGCGCUCUCACCAUCAUUUCCAUUGUUCUUGGAAUCCUGGGCAUCAUGAUGUCUAUGGCUGGUGGCAAAUGCACCAACUGUGUUGAGGACGAGAGCGCCAAAUCUAAAAUUGGUAUUACUGCGGGUGUGAUUUUCAUCUUAUCUGGAGUGCUGUGUCUGGUUCCGGUCUGCUGGACUGCCAAUGUCAUCAUCCGGGAUUUCUACAAUCCCAUGCUAAAUCAGGCACAGAAGAGAGAGCUGGGAGCGGCGCUUUACAUCGGAUGGGGGGCUGCCGCCCUGUUGAUCAUCGGGGGAGCUUUGCUUUGUUGCAACUGCCCGAAAAAAGAAGAAAGUGGAAAAUACACAGCCAAAUAUAACGCUGCUCCUCGGUCUGACGCCUCUGCACCCACCAGCAAGAACUUUGUGUAAAUGCAUGCAGGACUCUGUUUAUACUGUUUAUAAUCCUGUUUUGUACAGGAUGUGUAUUGUGGACUUGAAAAGCUGCCAUUGAACAGCUGAUGGUAUAGGUUUUCUAAAUAUAUAGUUUAUAUAUUUACUGCGCAAAGAAAAAGAGGAACACAGGGAACCACGUUUUAAUAAAAAAAACUUUUAACUGUUAAACAAUGGCUAAUCUGUAAAGCCACCAUGUUUGUUUUAAAUUCCUCUUAAAAUGUUUAAUGUGUAUUUUUAUUUACUAUUUUUUUAUUUCUUAAGUAUUUGGAGCUUUUAUGUUUUUGUAAAUAUUUCUGUUUUGUACAGAAAACCGCAAAUGAGGUUUUCUGACUCUAAUGGUGAAUAAAGUAAAGUGUUGCUGUCA